AUGUCGCGACGGCUGAAGGGCUCGUUGCCAUGGCUUUGGGCCGUGCUCGUGUUUGGGGCCUGGCGGUCCCACAGGGCCUUCACGCCUUCUGCAAUCACAGAGUCAAAGGAGGACCUGUGCGACGAGUUCACUGGUGACUCCGUGAUCACACGGGACUGGCGUCGGGGUCCAGGAGUCCCUCCAGAGCAGCGCUGGAGCUUUUGGCCCGCGCUGCCCAUCGCACCCUACGAGCGGCGCUUGACCAAGCGCUAUGAGGUGCUCCCAGGCGAGUUAUGGACCUUUGAGCAGAAGCAGGGCAUUCUCUACAUCCAUGUGCCCAUCCGGAUGACGGUCUACCGAUCCUCAGCCAAGAGAAGGGAGGGAGCGUGGCGGGGACACCUGUGGAGUGUUCAGAGAAUGACCACGCGCCGUGGGCUUUUGGUUUACGCGCCCGUGGCGCCCACGGAUGAAUGCCUCAGCUUGCUGCGAGAACUGGAGGUGUCCAAGGCCCUGAGUGAUGCCUUCAACUCGGAGGCCAAAGAUCUAGGCUGGGGCGGGCUCCUCCCGUGGCGCUUCCGCAAGGAUUGGAAGAAGUCUUUCGAUGCGCUCCGAGGCGGUGGUGGAGGGCUGUUUGUGGCGCCGAUUUUGUCGGAGCUGAUUCUGAACAGAUACCUCUCUUCAGAUGUCUGGCCCUUCGUCGAAGAGACGGCCAGUCGCUGGGCCGACAUGGAACGCAUCAUCCCAGCACACUUCGAUGCGCCCGUCUCCGCGACGGCUGAGGAGCCGACGAACGAGACACGAGAGAGGAUUGGCGAGCGGCCUUUGCGCGUGCCUUUGGCGAGCCAUCUGGCCUGCCCUUUUCGCAGGUCACCUUCGAUCCAUUGGAUUCGGGAGAAGCUCCGUUUUUUCUUCCGACCACCGAAGCAGGUCUUCAACUCUUUGCGCCUGGCCAAUACCAGGGUUUGCAGGCCAGGACAGCGCGGUCGCCGCUGGCCAAGCCGCUUUGAGGCCAACUAUUUGUCCUUCGCCACGCUGACCUCGUCGCCCAACUUCCUCAGUCGAGCAGAGGAGUUUGAGGCCUGCACGGGAGGCUCGAUUGUCUUCGCAGAGGCGCAGAACAUCUGGGAGGAUCCCAUCAAAGACAUGGGGACCAAGGAACAGAGAGGCAAUGACAUCUAUCACGCCUACUUCAUGAGCUAUUCACAUUUUCCAGAAGCCAGUGCGUUGGGGCUCGCGGAGAGCUUAGAGGAUCGCCUGGCGGCCUCCAACGCGGAACUCAAGUGGGAGACCACCUUCCCCAAGGUUCAGCAAAUGGGCAAGUACAGGACUGGCUCCAAAUCGCAACUGGAGUUCCUGAUGUACGACGGGGACUUCUUCGUGCCGGUGAUCCGCCUGGAUCUGCUGGAGAGAGAUCAGUUGCCGCUGCCCAACACCUGGCGGGAAGUCUUGGACUUGGCCCACAGAUACAAUGGCGCCGACCUGAAUGAGGACGGGCUCCCCGAUUUCGGCAUGUGCCACUUCCCGCGCGAAGGUGCCGGCUAUUUCGAUUGGUGGUGGCCGGAAUUGAUGUAUGCCAUUUGGGCGACCUACGCGCAGGUGGAGGACACCAGUCAAGGCUUCCUCUUCGAUCCUAAAACCUUGGAGCCGAAGCUGAAGGGUCCAGCCUUCCAGGCUGCCAUUGAUUUCAUGAAGGAGAUGUGGCAGGACGGAUCUGAAGGAUGCAUCAGCGAUUCCUUCAGCACAGGACGCUGUGCGAUCGGCUUCUCUCCACCCGGUUGCUGGAAAGGGAUCUUCCUGAAUGGUGUUGCGCGGCGAAGCAGCAACGGCACGGUGCUUUGGGAGCCCAAGAUGCUAGAUGGAAGCUAUGCAGAACCUUAUCGAUUUAAACCCUUCGGCACCACUCAAGUGGAGAAGGAUGGCAUCUUAGAGGAAUGCACACCUGCCAUGUGUCCCUUCGCCGAGACCAUCCCCCUGCGCGGUCAUCAUGGAAAUGACGACCGAGCACGGAUCUUGCCGGCCUCGCCCUUGGCUGGAAAGCUGAUCAAUCGUGCACCUUUCUUUUGGAGCGGAGGUCUGGGCAUUGUGAUCCGGAAAAGUGCGCCCAAGGAGCUCAAGGACAUGCUCUAG